AUGAAACGCCCUCAGCUGAAGAGCCCAUUGGGCAGCCCUGCCAUGCAGCAGACGGUGCGCGCGAAGCAGAAGAAAGGGGCGGGAGGAGAGGGCACCGCCUCCGGGACCGGCGGGAAGGCGGCUGCUGAGCGAAAGGCCGCGGCAAGAGCCUGGGAAGCGAACAACAAGAGGCGAUCCAUCCCGCUUCCUCCCGUGGGCCCUGGAAUCGAGGUCACCGCCGCAGAAGCCAUGAUCCUGGGCGCGAGGUGGGACAGGGAGAUGGACGAGAUGUUGCGGGAAGGGGUGCUUCGCUACGGCGCCGAUUGGGAGGAGGUGUCGACCCACAUGGCGCCCCACGAGUGCCCUAAGGAGGAGGUGGAGAAGAGGUGGCAAAUGGUCAAGGCUAACCCCGUCAAGGGUCCGUGGUCUCCGGAGGAGGACUCCCUGCUCAAGGUCCUCGUGGACGAGUACGGCAGGAAGAAGUGGAGCUUGAUCGCGACGCAGUUCCCGGGAAGGUCCGGCAAGCAGUGCCGUGAGCGGUGGCUGAACCACCUCGACACCCGCGUAAAGAAGAGCGCCUGGACGGGAGCGGAGGACAUGAAGCUGUGCGAGGCCCAGGGGAGGCUGGGCAACAAGUGGUCAGAGAUCUCCAAGCUGCUCCCUGGACGGGCGGAGAACGCCGUCAAGAACAGGUUCAACUCCAUCAUCACCAAGCGCCUGGCGUCACAGGGUAUCUCCGUCAAGGGUAGCGGCCUCAUGAAGGCCAACAUGGCCAAGGACCUAGCGGCGAACGGCACCCUCUCCCACAGCAUGAACAUCCUCAAGAGCGCCGACAAGGAAAAAUUGCAGCAGCAGCUGCAGCGACAGCAGCGGAGUGGGAAGGAGAGCGCCAAGCGUCAGAUGCGCAAGAAGAGAGCUCCCGCCGGCUUCGACCACAACGCCUCCGAAUCGGACUGCAACUCUUCCUCCGACGAGGACGAGGACGAGGACGAUGACGACGACGACGACGAUGACGGAGACAUGGAGGUCUACCCCAACCAACAGCAGCCAAUGGCGUUCCCCCUGUCGGCCCCACCUCCCUUCGACGUCGGAGAAGCCGCCGACUUCACCCACGAUGGAAGACCAUCGGCGGGCCCCGCCGCCGCCGCCGCCGCCGCCGCUCGCGGUAACGGCAGACCCACCGCCGCCAGCAGCGACGGGACCAACAACAGCAAACACUUCGCCGCUGGCGAGUCUUCUUUUGGUGGCAGUGGGAUCACGCGAGGAGCGAACGACGUGGGUACCACCGCCGCCGCCGCCUUCUCCAACGCCACCGCGGCCGCCGCCGCUGCCGCCGCCGCUGCGGUGGCCUCAGCGAGCGCCGCCGCCACCGCCGCGGGAACUUUCGCCGCCGGCGUGCUCUCCUCCUCUUCCCCGCCCGGCGACGCCACCGACAAGGCAGGGAGGCCGCCGGCGGCGGUGGCGGAAGGCGGCGGGGGGCGGGAGGACCAGCUGAUGCGGUCGAUCUUUGGUCUCCUCGGGGGGAAGCCGGCCCAGAGGGGGGGCUUUGAGCCCGCACGGAGACACCACCUUUACGACAGGGAUGGUGGUUGCGGCGCUGGGGCUUUUGCUGUAUCCAGGGUACCGGCGGCUGGCAACAACAACAAGAGGCCGUCCGAGGGUUUCCUCAAUCUGGACUCGGUGACGUUUUCCCGAAACGGCAGCAACAACGCCGCUCCGGCGACCGGGGAAGGGGCCGUCAUGGACGAGGCGAGCGCGGCGGCGGCGGCGGCGGCGGCGGCGGCGUCGUCAUCUUCUUCCUCGGUUCCGCAAGGGCGGGUACUCGAAGACGGCCUCGCGGCGACGGGGGCGGGGGGUGGGGGGCGGGGGCGAGAGGAGCGUGAUUCUGCCGCAAUGAGCAUGGCCAAGAAGUGCAUCGAAGAGGAAAUGGAAACCUUCCGGCAGUUCCAGCAGGUCAUGAUCGCGGGGGGGGACACGAAGUCCGUUCAGCAAAAGGAGAGGGAGGCCUUCUCCCAGUUGUACAGCUCGCUUCCCGCGUUGGCGGCGAGUCAAGACGGUGGUCCGGCCAUGUCCAAGGCCGGAGCCGCGGUGCCGACGAGGAAGGCGGCGAUGGAGAUUGAGGCCGGCGGCGGGGUGGAUGUUCGGGAGGGGCAGGCGUCGGCGAUCACCGAGAUCUGGAGCAAGGUGGAGAUCAAGGAAGGGGAAGCCCCCCCCCAAUCCCCCGCUCUCCUAGGAGGAGCCCCCAUGAUGAGGCAAGGCGUCGGCACGCGGUCCCUCGCCGCGGCCGUCGCCGGCGGCGCGGGGGGCGGCGGCCCCUACGCCUCCCUCAACCGGCACCAGUACCACCGCCAGAACCCUCCUCGCAGCGCCGUAGGCGGCAACAUGAACAACAGCAGCAACAGCCAGGCCGGGGGCGGGUAUGUCAACACUCAGCCUUACCACCAACCGGCAGGAGGAGGAGGAGGAGGAGGAGGAGGAGGAGGGGGGUUUGGUAGAGAGGGGGCGGCCGUUUCGGCGGCGGCUUUCGCCGCGGCGUCUUCGAUCGGCGGCUCGCGGAACUCGUGGAGCCAGCAGCUGGACCAGUUGCGGACGGACGACGUCAUCCCGACGCCGCUCGAGAUCCACUCUCCCGGCGGGGGCGGCGACAUAUUGUCGCUCUCUUGCCUGGGGUCGUACCUGGCGGACGUGAAACUCCCGUCAAAUCUGGAUGGAGCCGGCGGCGACGGAACGGGGCAGCAGGGCACGUUUUCGGCCACGGCCGCCAGGGAAAAGCGUAGCGGCGGCGGAAACGGCGGCGGCAGCGGCGGCGGUGGUGGGGACGCUGGUGCUGCCGGAGAGAGCAACAGUGAGGGGACAGCGGGGAUGAAGGGCAGCAGUAGCGGCGGCGGCGGCGGCGGCGGUGACCGCGGGGGACAGCCAGGUCAGCAGAUGUCAGAUCCCAGCAAAGGCACAUUCACAUCCUCCGGCGAAUGGAGGCGGCGCAAUCGACCCCCAAGCACGGCCCCCACUCCCGCCGCCGCCGCUGCCGCCGCCGCAACUACCGGCGACAACGGUGGCGACGUCAAGCGUCACGCGCCCGACAGCAGUCAGCGUCUGGGUCGAAUGAACAUCGUUACCGGGGACGGCGGCGGCGACCGCGGUGGCGGCGGCAGCGACGACGACGAUGGAGGAGGAAACGGGGGCGGGGCGGCUCUGUUCGACGCACAUGCGGCGGCCCUGCAGCACGACAUGCAGGCCCUGAGCAUCGACGACGAGCCCUCUCCCGGGUGGAGCCAGCUGAGGACAGACGUUGCCGGGGUACCGGGACCGGCAUUCGACGGGGACGCUUUGCCCAUGAGCCUCACGUCCGCGUCCGACAACGUGCUCGGGGGAGCUCAAGGUUUCCCGGUACCGCCAGCGUUCAAGUCGCGAUCGUCUCGGCUAUCCUACACCCCCGCGACUGCAGGACAUUACGCCGCGCACGGGCAACCCCCGAACAACUCAUGCGGCUUCUCCGCCAAUCUUCCUCCCACUCCGGGUUUCGCGGCCAGCCCUCGCACACCGAUGCAGCAGCAGCACCCGUAUCCGAUGUUCGCAGCGGCGGUAGGCCCUUCUCCAUCUCGCGGUGCCGUUCUGUCCGGGACCGGCUCCAGAGGAAUGUCGCCGUUCCCGUUGGCCCCGCCCGCCCCUGCUGGGGCCAUUUUCGGGCCAGCCAGCGGCGGGGCUGCCCCGCAACAGUACAAUUCCAACAGCAGCAACAGGGCCAACCGUUCUGUCAGCCGCAGUGGGAACGACUUCCAGCAGCGUUUCCUCGGAAUGCCGCAAGCUGGACCACCGGCCCCAGCGGGGACGCCGGGCGCCGCCCAGUCUUUGCGCAGCGACAACAACAACGGGGACGACCACGACCAUGGGCAUCGAGGGCCGGCUCCUUACGGCGGGGCCGUGCUGCAACAACAAGAGCAGCAACAGCCGCAAUACCUCCAUGAAGGAGACCAAAGCCAAGGCCAGCCGAUCUUCAACAUCAGCAACAUUAACGUCCCCAGCGACGGGCAGCCUUUCCCGAGCGGCCCGCCGUCGUUCCCCCCGCCCACGUCUUCUUCUUCUCUGCCGGGGACAUCCGCAAGCGCCGCCGCCGCUGCCGCUGGCGCCGUCGCCAUGAACGUCAACGCUGUCGACAUCGCCGCCGACGACGCUAAGACCGAACGGAGCCGUAGCCGUAGUCGGGGCGAGACCAACGCCGGCGGCCGCGGUGUCGGCCGCUCGGAAGGCGGCAGCGACGACAACAGGAUCGGCAUCGCCACGGCAGAAUCCGCGGCCAAGACGGCAACCACCGCGGGGGCACCGCGGACAUCAUCCUCUUCGUCCUCGUUUUUUGCUGGGGAAGCGGAUAAGGCGGUGGAUCCGCAUGAAACCGUGAGUGUCAGGAGCAAAGUGUUGUAG